GGCUCUGCUCGCUCCCGCCGGGCCGGGCAGGGCGGGGCAGGCGCCUCCUUCCUGUUUCCGCUCGGGAUCCCGGCGCCGCGCAGGGCCGCGGUACCGCGGGGCAGCGGCGGGCGGCGGCGGCCCCGGGAGCGCGGCUCGGGCUGGGCGGCGGGGGACAUCGCCGUCGUCUGGCGGCCCGCCCGCGUGUUCUCUCCGCAGGAGCUCGGUCGCCCUUCCGCCGCUCGGCAGGCCCGGAGGGUGCCGGGGCCGCAGGGUUUUCUCAAUAGGAAAACAGAAAAGAUGUUCGAUAUUAAGGCUUGGGCCGAGUACAUCGUGGAGUGGGCUGCCAAGGACCCCUAUGGCUUUCUGACGACCGUGAUCUUGGCUCUCACGCCGCUGUUUGUAAUUAGUGCGGCGCUGUCAUGGAAGCUUGCAAAAAUGAUUGAGGCCCGGGAACGAGAGCUGAAGAAGAAACAGAAACGCCAGGAGAACAUUGCAAAGGCGAAACGAACAAAGAAGGAUUAAAUGGGCAAAAAUGGCCUUCCUUGUGCAAAGAAUCCACUUUUAAAAUGAAAUACUUGUACAUUUUGUGUUGCAACUGUCCUUUGAUACUUGAUCCUGUUAUUUCUUGAAGUAUGAAAUUUAAUACUUCCAGUGUAUUUUUUUCCUGCUGAUUUGCGUUAAAAUUUGCCCAAGUGACACUUGUUAGAGUAAUUAAAUUUACUACUUGUAUUCUAGUGCAGGUUGCUUUUCUAAAUUUGCAUGUUAGAUUAAAAAAUUAACCUCUUGGUGGCUCUGGAGGUAGAUUAUUAUUUUUCCUCUUAGCUGAGCUAUGACUUAACAAGUAUCUUUAAAUUGUCAAGUUUAGGGGAAAAUUUCAAGUUUAAGAAAAAAUAAUAAACUGGAUUAAAGAAAUGCAA